AUUAAGGUCGGCAAAAGAAUGAUCUGCAUCACGAAGUGGAUUUUCGUAGCCCUUCUCCUUUCUGCAAAUACGAUGUUCAUUUUUUCAACAUGGUGGUGGGAGAGAUAUUAUUAUGUCUUCCUACCAUUCAUUACCAUCACCGUCGCCCUUAACUGUGUUAUGGUCGCCUCGGUAACCUUCAACACCCUGCGGCACAAAAUAAUUCCCGAGAAAGAGGAGUUUCCAGCCACCCCCGAAACCAUGGUUCUUCUGCUGCCAUGCUACAACGAGACCAGUGAAGAAUUGGUCAAGUCGCUAGAUUCACUUGUCGGUCAGGUCAACAUCGACCAGCACAAAAAGGCAAUCAUAAUCGUCUGCGAUGGACAAGUGCGCGGGCCCGGGAUGGCGAAAACAACUGCCGCAUAUCUCUUGGACAACAUUUUGACGGGGCCAAGCUCCCGAGAAUACAUCUCAGCAGCAUACACAUCUUGGGAUCAUACUCAAAUGGAUGUAGUGGUUCAAAGCGGAACUUAUGGCGGAAUCCCAUACCUUUGCAUCAUCAAACAGGGAAACCGGGGCAAGCGCGAUGGUCUCAUCCUCAUCCGGUCAUUCCUCUACAAUUUCAAUAUACGUGCAACUCGGCCAGCCGUGAUCCACUCUCCAUACUUCUUCAGUGUCAUGGUGUCUUUCCUCACGCUUGGAGCUGGCUUCACCAUGGCAGACGUUCUCAUUGGAAUGGAUGCCGAUACUUUCUUCGAGCCAACCUGCAUCUCGGAGCUCCUCAAGCAAUCACACUAUGUGAGCACCGUCGGAGUCUGCGGCUACGUUGCCGUAGAUUUUCAAUCUGGACCCUGGUCUCCAUGGCGCGUGUACCAAAAUGCCGAGUACACCAUCUCGCAGUGCCUACGACGCCUUCACCAGUCCAUUGCGACUCAUAAAGUAUCCUGUCUCCCGGGGUGCUGCCAGUUGCUCAAAGUCUCUGAAACCACAUGUGGUGACCAUAUCCUGCUUGACCUCUUUGGCUACCAUCCGAAGGUAACGGAUUCCCUCCUCAAGCAAAUCCGCGCCACGGCGAGCGAAGACCGCAACCAUGUGUGUCUCAUGCUCUCCGCGUUUCCAAAGGCACAGACUCGCCAAGCGCUCAGGGCAAGGGCUUACACUGAUGUUCCACGCUCGUGGUCGGUGUUUCUGUCUCAGAGGAGACGCUGGACACUAGGAGCCACUUCAAAUGAUCUUUUGCUUGUAUUCGCGCCGGGAAUAGUCUGGUUUGAGCGCCUCUUAGCGUGUGCAAAUGUCCUGACCUGGGUCCUGAACCUUUUCAUCAUUGCAUGCAUUGCGAGCUUUAUAAAGGCUUGUACUUUUGUACACUACAGUCUCAUUCUUGCCUUUGCUUCCGUCAUGAUCUGCCCCUUGAUCUACUACGUCCUCAUCGUGGUGUGGCAGCCACGCGGAGUGAAAGCGCGCGUGCAGUAUCUGCUCGGUCUCUUAAUCUACUUCUUUCUGGGCCCCUUUUUGAACAUUACUGUUCUCCUUUACGCCUUGUGGAGCCUUGACAACUUUGCCUGGGGUAAAACAAGAAAAGUGGUCGAGACAGUUCAGACUUUGCCGGGAAGCGAAAAAGUGAAUGAAAAGCGGCCUCGGCGUGGUGGCAGAAACAAGAUACGGAAAUCCCCGCCUCGAUCUUUCGAAGAUUCACGCUUUCAGAAUUCGGCUGCAGAGGAGAGUAUGGCCCGGGCUGGCUUCUGAUGAUAAAAACGGAACCAAAAAGCAAGGAAGGGGUACGAACAGGCUUACCGUAAAUAUUUUUUUUCCAGAAUAAAAUAGCUCAAUGAUCAGAUGGAUUGACC